AUGCCGCGCGGGGGCAAGGCCGCCAGGAGCGCGUCGGCGGCAGGGGCCGGCCGCGGCGGGGACCGGAUCAGCGCGCUGCCGGACGCCGUCCUCCAGCACGUGCUGGGCUUCCUGCCCGUGCGGGAGGCCGUGCGGACGUGCGUGCUCGCCAGGCGCUGGGGCCACCUCUGGCGGUCCCUCCCCUGCCUGCGCGUCGUCGACGUCGAGGUGCUUGGGAGUGUCGACGAGCUGACCAGAUUCGUGAACAGGCUUCUGCUGCUUCGCGACCCAGGAUCGGCUCUUGAUGGUUGCGAAUUCGAUCUCCGUGGUUUCGAGGACGUGGAUCCUGUUUACGUCGACCUCUGGAUCCAGCACGCGCUGUUGUUACGAGCUCGAGUGCUGUCCCUCAGUGUCCGGUGGACCCAACUGUACAAACGUUUUGAUUCACAGUACCUGUCUACCUGA